CUCCAAAAUUGUGGGCUUGACUCCAAGAAUAGCUCUGGCAUUUUCAGCAUUUUUGUUGUAAUUUGGAAGGCGUCAACCUUAAUCUUGUCCAGUGCAACUCGGUCAACGCCACCAGAACGUCAGAAUUGCCUACUGAGUUGAGACAAACAGGACCGGUUCAGCAGAAGCAAAUAGGAUCUGCCUUUGUCGGCAUUUUCACGAAGGUUUGAUUCCCUAGGCGGCUCUUGAUUUUGUCGCGGCCCCGGAAGCCGGAACAUUGCAUCCUGCUGGGCCCUCGGCCAACGUAGCAGUAGAACUGGGCAUGCCCGAGGGAAUCGAGGCGGAGCAGCCGCCAACCGGCCAGGCAGCCGCUGAUAGCGCAGGCGCAGGCAUGGGAGCAAGCUCUAGCUCCGCUGGCUCCCCACCUGACCAGGUGGCAGUUGAGCAGCAGCUUCAGGGGGGAGCAGCAGCCGCUGAGGAGGCAGCAGGGGCAGGGGCCGCUGCUGCUGGACCGAGGCCCUCCGGCGAUGCAAAGGAGGGCGAGCAGGCGGCUGGGGCGGGCGCAGCUGAGGGUGAGGCAGCAGCACCGGCUAAGCGGAGGAGGGGCCGGCCGCCAAAGUCGGCCCAAGCGGCUGGUGGCGAGGCAGCUGGCAGGGACCAGGUGGGUGCAGCGGCAACAGGGGAAGGGGCCGCCGCUGCUGCUGCUGUUGCGGAGGAGGAGGAUGCAGACGGAGUUGCGGCGGCGGCCGGCAAUGGCGGCCUCCAGUCGCCAGCAAAGCGCAAACCUGGUCGGCCGCCUAAAGUGAAGUGGGAGCCGGCGGGGAAUGCCGCUGCUGCAGCCCGGGUCGAUCCUGCAGCUGCGGAGCCCCUGUCGCCGCCCAAGCGGAAACGCGGCCGGCCACCAAAGGCCAAGCCGGCUGCGGGAAGGGAGGCGGGGCCGUCUAGCAAGGCCCCGGAGGUUGCCGAGGCAGCUGCGGCGGAGGACGCAGAGGAGGACGGCGCUGCCGCAGCAGGCACACAUGCUGAGGCAGCCGCUGGGGACCCCCUGUCGCCACCGAAGCGUAAGCGCGGUCGGCCGCCCAAGGUGAAGCCAGCGGCAGGAGGGGACGCAGGUCCAUCUGCCAAGGAGGCUCCGGGGGAAGGUGAAGCUGGCAAGAAGGGGGCGGCAGCAGCAGGUGCGGAGGAGGGGCCCGGGGAGGCAGUCGAGCACGAGGACAUCGCGGAUGCAGCCGAGGCAAACACUGGCUUGUCGGCGGGCGACAUGCUUUCGCCCUCCAAACGCAAGCGUGGUCGGCCGCCUAAGGCGAAGCCGGCUGCGGGUGUUGAUGCAGCUGGGGAAGGAGCAGCGGCGGCAGGCGGGGAGGAGGCGAACCCUGAAGCAACCGCAGCUGGUGACAUGAUAUCGCCGCCGAAGCGUCGUCGAGGCCGGCCUCCCAAGGCCAAGCCAGCUGCAGACGGGGAUUCGGAUCCUUCUGGUGGGGAUGCGGACACGGAUGCAGCUGCGGAAGGGGCAGCAGCAGCGGCUGAGGAGGCUGCGGCACCCCUGUCGCCGCCCAAGAGGAAACGCGGCCGACCGCCCAAGGCCAAGCCGGCUGCUGCGGCAGGGGCAGGGCAGUCUGACGAGGCUCCGGCGGAGGCGAACGAGGAAGGGGAGCAACCCGCAGCAGCAGCUGCAGCAGCGGCGCAGUCACCCGCCCCAAAGCGCAGACCGGGCCGUCCUCCAAAGGCAAAGCGGGCUGCAGGGCUGUCUGGUAAGGCCCCGGUGACCGGCGCUGGGGCAGCUAAGGGUGUGGGCGCCGCAGCGGCUGCGGAUGGGGCCGACCAGCCUGCAGUCGUGAAGCGCGG